AUGCCGGACUUGGGACAACAAGGCUGGCAGGAACUGCAGGAGCCGUCUCGGAAACAAUGUCCUAAGCUAUUCUAUAACCUGAACACAGAUGGCGAAUGCCUGAAUUUGUUGAUGACCGAUUUGAUCUCGGUAUGGGAGAGCUCCCUCGACAAAUACGACAUCAUAGGUGAAGCGGCCCGUCAACACACGAGCAUCGAUCCGUCAGUAUCCUCUGAUCAAUUCGACGUCCUCUUGACCAAAAUCGCCAAGAGCUUGAAAGAUGGCGAGAAUGUCCUUUCUAAACAAGUAAUCAGAAACUCGCAAGUCCUCAUCCUAAGUACAAAGUUGGAUCUUCCCAAGCCGCUGAAACGGCUUGAAUGGACCUUCAAACUCACCCCUCAAGACGCGUCAGAGAUGGCAGAACGCAUCCUUCGCCCCAGCCUGCAUGAAGUCGCAGUUUCGCAAGACAAGAUCAAGUCACUUAUUCGUGCCAUCAAGGACAAGGACCACAUCAUCUCUCGACUGCUCGAAAGAAUCGGCAGCUCCUCUAUUGAUUUGAGCUUAGUUUUCCCUGGGAUUACGGGAAUGGCACGGCGAGGAGCACAAGUCACAGUUACAGAUGCCAAGAAGCACGUUCCGGGGAUGGCACCUUUCGACGAGAAACUGUGGACUAAGCAGUUCGCCAAUGAUGACGGCUAUGAAGGUGCCGACCGCACUGGCCUGGGAAAUCUUGUCCGUGGCUGCGAGAAGUGUUUUGCCCAUUCGAAGGCCGAGCACGAGGGCUGGGUCAAAGAGUUAUCUUCGCCUACGAAGAAGGAGGUCGCCGGGUCAAAGAAAACUGAGCGGCCAAAGUCAACUGCGUCCAGGGAUAUUCGAGGAGAGAGUAAAUCAAACGAUGAGUCUACCGAUUCCGAUGACGAAUUCGAGAGACAACCUACACCUCCUGCCCUCAGAUCCAGAGGAGGUCCCACUACCAAGCCAUUAGCAACCCCAAUGCCCGAGCCAGACGAGGAAGACGAAGGCGAAGAACGCACAGCCAAUCGAGGAAAGCUCUCAAAGAUAGGCAGACUAGGUCGCCGCAAUGCAACGAAGUCGUUUGGUCACACAGAAUCGAGGAGCGAAUCACCUUCACCUGAUAGAACAAAUGGAUCUUCGCCACCGCGCCGUGGUUCUGACAGUUCAACGUCUACGGCCACCGCAACCGAGGAUGAGGACGAGGAAGUCAAACCGCUGUCCAAAGCGCGAGGGUCGGAGUCUACAAUUGGUGCCCUAAGAUCAAAGCAGCCAUUGCGAAAAUCUCCAUCUCCAUCGCCGUCGCCCACACGACAUGCUUCAAAGGAGAAGAAUCAUUAUCGCUCCCCUCCCUCUGCUCAAACAGACGAUUCCUCUGAGCUCGAUCUCGACGCGUCGCCUUCCCCGGCCAAACCUCAGCCACGCCAGCACCAUCGCCUUGGACGUCUCGGUGCCAAAUCCGCAACAACGUCGUCAGGAGAAAGAGACGCAGAUACUUCGUCCCGUGGACAAUCCAAUCUGAAGAAUGGCAACAACAGCAACGACCCAUCGGGUUCCGAGUCGGAUUCUCAAUCCAAGCCCGGAACGCAAACCACACCGCGGCGGCGAAAACUAGGGCGGAUCGGGGCACACAAACAAUCCACUCAAGCACAGCCAAGCUCCUCGCCUUCCGCAUCCUCAGCAGGACCACAAUCCAACUCGUCUCGCAAGACGAAGGGUAACAAGCAAACUUCCGAAGACAAUGAUAACGGCAGUGACAAUGACUCGGAUGCCACAAACUCACCUUCUCCAUCUACCACGCGACUUCGCUCAAGGGAUGUAGCACCUCGUCAUUCCAAGGACAAGGACACGAGCAAGGUCGAAUCUGAACCUCCAUCACACCCUCACGGUAAAAGGGACUCGCCGUCCCCCGCAAAGGAAGAGACGGUGGAAGAAAAGGCCAAUCGCAGACGAAUGGAACUCAAGCGCACUAUAGCUGCGAACGCUGGUGCGAAGAAGAAGCGACGCUUCUGA